AUGUCGAAGAAAGGUUGUUUAUGGUGUGUUACUGCUACCGUUGUCAUUGUAGGUGUACUCUUUCUAGUUGCUUGGCUUGCUUCAAAUCAAAUUCGUUCUCCAAAAUGUUCUAUCGAGAAAUUUUUUGUUCCUGCACUUGAUAAAGCCGUCUCUGGUAAUGAAACUGCUUCCAACAUCAAUAAAACCAUAUCAUUUGAUCUCAGACUCAAGAACCAGAAUGGUGAUGGGAGUGGUGUUUACUAUGAUGUUCUUAACAUCAGUGUUUAUUACUACCAAAAGGAUAAUAACAGUGGCGAUGUAAAGCGUUUACCAAUCGGAAAUGUAUCUAUUCCGGGAUUUUAUCAAGCAAAGGUGGAUCACCGUCUUGAGACGGUGCAUACUUUUGGGGUUCCUUGGGAGGAAGCCCGGAUGGAAGUUGCUAACGGAAGUAGUGCGAUGUUUCUGUUAAAUUUGAAUUCAAAUGUCAAGUUAAAGAUCCCUCUUGAUGGUGUGGUGACAUCAACCGACAUACAGAAGUUGAAUUUGGGUGUAAAUGUUAGUGUCAACGAUUAAGGAAUGAAAACGCUACCGGGAAGUUUGAGGCUCCCUUCAGCAUCCUCACAAUCACAUAUCAACCUUUGUAGUGUGUUUGUGCUCGCUUUAUCAGUUUUGUGUUUAAUUUGAUGAAAUGUAUAGAU